AUGGAACAGCCAUGUCCUCUCAUAGAGCAGCCUGGUACCCCUAAACAUCGCCGCACCACUCCUCUGAGUAGGGAUGAUCGGUUGAGGAUUCAUACAUUAUGGAAAGCUGGUCAUAAACAGCAAUGGAUAGCAGACCAUCUUGGCUUCAAACUUCGUCAAGUGACGUACGUACUUAGCGGACCCGUAACACCACGAAAGAAGACUGGUCGGCCUAAGAAAAAACCAGCAUCAGAGGAGGAGGUACAGGAACUCAGAGAUGGGCUGCAGAAUUUGAACAGCAGACUACUCGAGUUGAAGCAGGGGGUGCAAGGUCCCAGUAAUGGGCAAAAAAGUAUCAAAAAUGGGCCAGAGAGCUUUAAUGGAAAAUCCCAAGGCAUAAAUAAUGGUCUGCAGCAUGUAGAGCAUCAACCACAAGAUGUUCAACAAGUUCCGCAGCAAGUAUACCAUGGGCAUCAUUUGCCAGGACAUAUCAGCCAGGUGCCACAACCAGUACACCAUCAUGGGAUUCCAGGGCAAGUCCACCAAUUGCCGCAACACCCACAUCAGGUGCUUCCACAAAACCUUCAUCAGGUACCGCAUCAUAUUCAUCAGGCGCCACAACACAUCCAUCCAGUACCACAGUCGAUUCAUAAGGCACCGCAUCAAAUCUACCAGGCACCACAGCAGGUCCAUCAGUUAUCACAAAACGUACCUCAGGGGCCACCACGGAAUACACCAGAAGUCCAGGAACCGCAGAUAUCAGGGGAUGAAGAGUCGCAAGAUACGGCCAUCGAGACGCCAUCAAACGUUGUAGAUAAAGAACUAGAUACGAAAUGCGUAGAUCGGGAGCAGGAGCAUGCCGUUCAGAAGGAGCAAAAGACAUAA